AUGGCUACUACUAUUACGUCCGAACAAGAAAGUUAUAUUAACAUGUUAGAAGAUUUAGCAUCGAAGUUACAAAAGACACAAAUUAAUUUUAAAAAGUCACCUAAAGUCAGAUUAACGGAGGGCUAUAUUAAAGCACGUUUGGAGUGUAUAGAAGACUAUUGGAAGUUAUUUAAUGAAGCACAUUUGCAAUUAUCAAAACGUACGACGAGAGAUCAGCGCGGCGUGAUUCCUUAUUUUUUAAACGAAGAAUAUUAUAAAUACGAAGAUGUGUAUAUCAACUUUAAAGCGGACAUGAUAGAUUUAUUGGGUGCGAAUAAAAACGUGAUGCAGCAAGACAAGAAGCAAGGGAUUGAUUACACAAACACAACGACUCCAACAAGCGCAUCAACAUCAGAAGCACAAGUCACAGCGCAUUACUCAAGCGAAGCACAAUCUAGUAAAAGGGUUCUACUUGCUACGGCGAUAGUCUACAUAAAAGGCAAGUCAGGUGAACUUCAUCGUUUUCGUGCACUUGUAGACCAGGGAUCAGAAGCGUCUUUCAUCACGUCAAGAGUUGUCGAUUUAUUAAACCUAAAGAAGAAAAGAGUACAUGGUACAGUAUCGGGUAUAGGUGAAGAAAAACAAGAUUUGAAGUAUAAGGUCCAAUUGUCAUUACACACUAAAUCGUCGCCUAUUGAAAUGGAAGCUUACGUGAUGAAAACUAUAUCAUCUAUUCUGCCUGCCAAGAAGAUCUCACUGCAGAUGGAAAUAGAAACUAUAGAUUUAGCUGACCCUACUUACGGAACACCUGGCAGCAUUGACCUUUUACUAGGUGUAGAAGUUUUUACAAGAAUUAUUGAAGAUGGCAUCAUACGCCUACACAACGGUUUAGUAACCCAAAAGACUAGUCUGGGUUGGAUCUUGUCUGGCCAGACUACACAUGCUGACCGUAACAACACGAAAACAAUAAGAAGUAUGUUCAUCAGAGAAGACAAUGACUUACUUAAAUCUUUUUGGGAAAUAGACACGUUCUUAUACAACAAGAAGAAGAUAUUUACAAAAGAAGAAGAAGAAUGUGAAGAUAUAUAUACAAAAACAACCCAAAGAGAUCACGAAGGAAGAUAUAUAGUACAACUACCUUUAAAGCAAAGUUUAGAAGAAACAAUUGAACAAAUAGGAAAUACUAAGGAUACUGCAAUAAAGAGGUUCAAACAAUUACUUGAUUUGGCAAAAGCAUUCGACACGGUCUCUAUCCCUCACCUAUUAGAUAAACUAGAAAGUAUCGGUGUACGUGACAUCCCAUUAAAACUAAUCAGUGACUAUUUGACUGAUAGAAGACAACGUGUCAGGCUAAAUAGUGAUGCAACUAGUGAUGAAUUAUCAGUUAAAUAUGGAAUUCCUCAAGGAAGUAUACUCGGACCAACGCUCUUCUUGAUUUAUAUCAAUGGCUUGUGCAACCUCAAUCUCCCACAUGAAAGAAAAUUUGCUAAAGACAAAUCACUAAAAGAAGAAUACGCAAAGGUUAUAAAAGAGUAUAUAAGUAUGGGUCACAUGAAGAAGUUAGAAGAUGAUGAUGAUAAGAACACUAUAUACUUACCUCAUCAUGCUGUCAUUCGACAAGACAAGGAGACUACAAAGGUCCGUGUAGUCUUCGAUGCUUCAGCUAAGGGCUCCAACGGUUUAUCACUGAAUGAUUUAAUGCGAGUAGGUCCUGUUCUACAAAGAGAUCUUCGCAGUCUUAUUACUUUAUGGAGAAUUAAUAAGAUUUGCUUCGUUGGAGACAUAACAAAGAUGUACAGAAUGGUUAAGAUGUCUGAAGACCACUCAAAAUUACAAUGCAUUGUUUGGAGAGACAAUCCAGACGAGGAAUUAAGAAGUUAUAAACUUUUAACGGUUACGUUCGGAACGGCCGCAGCACCAUUCCUUGCCGUCAGAACACUGAAACAAUUAGCAAAUGAUGAAAUGCUAGAAUAUCCUGAAGCUGCUAAUGCGAUUCAAACAUCAUUUUACGUUGAUGAUCUAAUGGGGGGUCAUGAAGAUGUAGAAAAUGCAAAGAAGCUCUGUGAAGAAAUAAAGAUUGUAUUAAAAAGAGGAGGAUUUAACAUGCAAAAGUGGUCUAAUGUUGCACGUUUGUUUGACCCUUUUGGGUGGUUAUCUCCUGUAGUAAUAGUAGCAAAGGUCAUGAUGCAAAAACUUUGGCUUUGUAACAAGGGAUGGGAUGAUGAGUUACCCUGCAACAUAAUAGAAGAAUGGAAAUGCUAUAGAGAUAACUUACUUGAACUACAAUCGCUUGAAGUCCCACGAUGGUUUCACACAGCUCCCAGAAGUAAAGUGGUGGAGAUACAUGGUUUCGCAGACGCUUCAACGAAAUCAUACGCAGCUGUCGUUUACCUUAGAGUCGUCGAUGAAAGAGAUGAUGUCUAUGUUACCAUGAUAGCAUCUCGCACAAGAGUUGCUCCGUUGAAACAGCUUACCGUACCUAGACUGGAGUUAUGUGCAGCAGCGCUUUUGGCAGAAGUCAUUGAAGAAACAUCAAAUCUACUUAAACUGGCGAACACGCAGAUAUACGCUUAUACAGAUUCAAUGGUAGUUUUGUCGUGGCUGCAGUCUCACCCAAGUAAGUGGAAGACUUUUGUCGCUAAUCGUGUGGCAGAUGUUUUGAGAGUUGUAGACUGCUGCAGAUGGAAUCAUAUACGAUCCGCUGAGAACCCAGCAGAUAUCGCGUCAAGAGGAAUUAAAGCUUGCGAAUUGAAAAGUGCGAACCUUUGGUGGAAUGGACCAGAAUGGCUGAAAGAUAAAAGUAACGCUAACACAACAAAAACAGAUAUUCCAGAAACAGAUUUAGAAUUGAAGAGUUUACACAACACAAAGGAAGACGAUUUUGAAAUACCAAUUUGGGAAAGAUUUUCGAGUUUAUCUCGGAUGAAAAGAGUUUUGUCAUAUUGCAGAAGAUUUUUGAGACCUAAGGAAGAAUGUCAGAAAGAAAGAUACAUACAAGUAGAAGAAAUGGAAGAAGUAUUAAAGAUGUGUAUUAAAUAUUAUCAAGGACUUAUUUAUAAAAAAGAUUUGGAUGAUAUAGAGAAGGAAGGAAGAGUUAAACCCAGAAGUACACUAGUCAAACUUUCUCCAUUUUUAGAUAAAAAUGGGAUCAUGAAGGUUGGCGGAAGAUUACAAAAAGCAAAUAUAGAGGAAUCUACAAAACAUCCCAUAAUCAUACCGCAGAAGGUGCAUUUAGCUAAAUUAAUAAUACAAGAUGCUCAUGUUAGAACGUUACACGGUGGUAUACAGUUAAUGAUGUCAUUUAUACGUACCAGAUUUUGGAUUGUUAACCUUAAGGCUGCUGUAAGGCAAUGCAUUCGAACUUGCAAAACCUGCAUAAUUGAUAAGGCGAAGAUUAGAACUCAGAAAAUGGGAGAACUUCCUGCUAUGAGAGUCAAUCAAAAUAGAGCCUUUUUGAAUUCAGGUGUCGACUACGCAGGCCCUAUUUAUUUAAAAACAUCAAGAGGGCGAGGUCACCAUUGCACGAAAGGCUACAUCUGUUUGUUUGUUUGUAUGUCGACAAGAGCAAUACACCUUGAAGCCGUUACAGAUUUAACUGCACAAGCAUUCAUUGCAGCAUUUCGUAGAUUCGUGGCUAGAAGGGGUCACUGUGAAAAUUUAUGGAGUGAUAACGGCACCAAUUUUGUUGGUGCCGCUAAAGAGCUUAGAGAAUUAUUUGAUAAAGGACAGGCUAACAUUACAAGUGAAGUAGCAGCUAUAUUGGCAAAUGAUGGAACUACAUGGCAUUUUAUUCCACCGAGGAUGCCAAAUUAUGGCGGUUUAUGGGAAGCUGGUGUACAAUCAACUAAGAGGCACUUGAUAAGAGUAAAUAAAGACACAAAACUAACAUAUGAAGAAAUGUCUACACUAUUGGCCCAAGUAGAAGCGUGUCUUAAUUCUCGUCCACUUUGCCAACUAGACGAGACUAUCGACACACUAACACCACUCACACCUGGACAUUUUCUUAUUGGCGAACCAUUGAUUGGUGUUCCCGAUAUUCAUUAUAAGCAAGCUGAUGCUGGCCUACUCACAAGAUGGCGAUGUAUACAAAAGAUGACUCAGGAUUUUUGGCACCGCUGGAGAUCUGAGUAUUUAAACACAUUACAACAACGAAGUAAAUGGUACACCAACAUUCAGUCGCCAAAUAUUGGAGAUGUCGUUGUAAUUAAGGAAGAGGACUUACCACCUACUAAAUGGUUAUUAGGUUGCGUGAAAGAAGUCCAUCCCGGCUCAGAUGGUUUAGUACGAAUAGUAACAGUAAGAUGUAAGGGCAGUAAAGAGUUAAAGAGACCGUUAUCAAAAAAUUGA